CCCGCCCCUCCCGCGCAUGCGCAGUUGCCGCCAUGGCGCCGCUCCGAGUCCAUGUCCUUUACUGCGGAGCCUGAGGCUACAAACCCAAGUUUGUGAAACUGAAGCAGGAACUGGAGCGGCGCUUCCCGGGAGCCCUGGACGUGAGCGGCCAGGGCACCCCGGAGGUGACGGGAUGGUUUGAGGUGACCGUGGGGGGACACCUGGUCCACUCCAAAAAGAACGGCGAUGGCUUCGUGGACAGCGACCCCAAACUGCUCAAGAUCGUGGCCGCCAUCGAGUCCUGCCUGGCCUAGGCCCCGCUAGGGGGGUGCUGUCGCGACGUGUCGCGAUAGAGCGCGAGAUAUCGGCAGAUAUCGCGAUAUAGAGCGAUAUAUCUGCACAUAUCGUGAUACAGAGCGAUAUAUCAGGAGAUAUCGCUGGAUAUCGUGAUAUAUCAGGGAAUAUCAAUGAAUAUCGUGAUACAGCGCCAGAUAGCGGCGGAUAUAUCACAAUAUAUUGGGAAAUCUCAAUGAAUGUUGCGAUAUAGUGCUGGAUAUCGGCGGAUAUAUCACGAUACAUUGAGAGAUAUUGAUGGAUAUGGCCAGGUAUCAGAAGGUAUCGGGACAUAUCCCUGAAUAUUGCGAUAUAUCAGGAAAUAUCAGGAGAUAUUGCUGGACGUCACGAUAUAUUGAGAGAUAUCAGGAGAUAUCACCGGAUAUUGCGAUAUAUCAGGAGAUAUCGCCGGAUAUCACGAUACAUCAGGGAAUAUCGCGCUAUAUCGUGAGAUACCGCCGGAUAUCUCUCGCUAUCGGGACAUGUCGCGACAGCGCUGCCCCCCCCAGCCCCACCCCCCCCGCGCUCCAUGACGGAAUCGCCGAAACGCCGCCGGCACCGGGCGCUGCCCUGACCCCGCGGGGACAACGGGC